CUGUUACAGUGCGAGUGCGGGUAGAAGGAAAUAUACGCCGUAAGCGUGGGCACGGGAUCAACCACCGCCAUGAGCUCCAGGGCUUCCUCUUGCACCCUUCCCCCGUUGCUGUCAUUGCUUCUGUCUUCCGCAAUCGCCAUGGCUCCCUCCGAUAUGACGACGGAGCCUGAUAUCCGCCGGAAGGGACCACGGCUCGAGGAGGCUAUCUCAAACCCCGGCGCCGUCAAGAUCAAUGUCAAGGGCGCUUUUAUCGUCGACGACGAGCCUCGGUCACGCAGCCCCGUCGAGGCCGAAGGCGUUCACUACGAGAACAAGGAUAUUCGUCUGCCACAUCACACUGGUGUCGUAAGCCAUGUCGCCGUCGAUAUUGGAGGAUCAUUGGCGAAACUGGUCUACUUUACACGAGAGCUCGAUGCCGCUGACAAUGGUGGUCGCCUCAAUUUUAUCAAUUUCGAAACCCACCGGAUCGACAUCUGCAUCAACUUUAUUCGCCAACUCAAGGAGGAACACGAGAAGCGCAAUGGCUCCGUGCCCGAUGAAUUGUGUGUCGUGGCUACUGGAGGUGGUGCUUUCAAGUUUUACGAUAAGCUAAAAAAGGCGCUGGACGUCAAUAUUCUGCGGGAGGAGGAGAUGGAAUGCCUGAUCAUCGGUCUCGAUUUCUUCAUCACCGAAAUUCCCAACGAGGUCUUCACUUACAGCGAUACCGAUUCCGAACCGAUGCAAUUUGCCGAGGCCCGACCGGACGUUUACCCGUAUCUCCUUGUCAAUAUAGGGUCUGGUGUCUCCAUGAUCAAGGUCUCCGGCCCCAGACAGUUCGAACGUGUAGGUGGAACGCACCUUGGUGGAGGCACAUUCUGGGGAAUCAUGUCCUUGCUCACUGGCGCGCGAACCUUUGAUGACAUGCUGGCCAUGGCGGAUCGCGGGGACAAUGCCGGAGUGGAUAUGUUGGUGGGGGAUAUCUACGGCAUGGACUAUACCAAGAUUGGACUCAAGAGCACAGCUAUUGCCAGUACCUUUGGCAAGGUUUUCCGGUUGAAGAAUGCUGCUGAACGUGGUGCUGAGGACGGCGAGGGUUUGAUCCACGACGAGGAAUUCGAGCGCAGCAACGGUGGAGUCAACUUCCGACAUGAAGACAUGAGUCGGAGCCUUCUAUAUGCUAUUAGCAACAACAUCGGUCAAAUUGCCUACCUGCAGUCGGAAAAGCAUCAAGUCAAGCACAUUUAUUUUGGAGGAUCUUUCAUACGGGGCCACCGUCAGACUAUGAACACCCUUUCCUAUGCUAUCCGCUUCUGGUCCAAGGGUGAAAAGCAAGCCUAUUUCCUGCGCCACGAGGGCUACCUGGGUGCCGUCGGUGCCUUUAUCCGACGCCAGCCACAGAACUGGGGACGCAGGAAUAGUAUCGACGAGGUGGUGGCACCGCAGGCGGUCCGAAACAUCGUCAUGAAUUCUGGCUUGAACCCCGAACAGAAUGGUUCACCCAGCUCGUCAUGAUCACUGACGGGAAUUUCAUUUUCUCUAUCUCCACCUCCAGACCUGGAGGAACAAUCGAUACCCCUUGGAAUGUACACUUCAUCUGACUCGUCGAGGUUUUUGCAAACCUGGCUCUCCACACACGGGAAUCUUUACAUACCCUCUGCUCCAGUUUACAGAAGGGCCCACCUCAUUUUGAAUCGCAUGAAAAAAAAUCUUCACCAAUUAUAUUACGCUGGAGACCUCUGGCAUGGCCAGAAUAUGACAUUUAGAAGACUUUAGAAUGUUAAGAGGAUGCGAAGUUUGGUUUGCCAUCCUGCUCCUCUAUUUAUUAGUAUACUCAAUGGCAGAUCUCGCACGUGCAUUCAUGAUGCAGACUUUCUUCCAAACUUUGCAUUACC